GUCAAUUUCUCCUUUAAAAUACCUCCGACUUCCCAAAACCCCUGCUUCGGUCGGGCGAUCUCAAGCCGGCGGACGACCCUCAAACCUCCUCUCUCUCUCUCUCCCCGUCUGUCUGCCUCGCUCUAUCUCCCCUUCGCUCGCUCUAUCUCUCCGCCUCAAAUCAGCGAUUUUCGACUGCCCCAACCAAGCUGCAAUGUCGGAAUGCCCCAGUGUUAGCUGUGGCGAAGUUUCAACAAAUUCUUCUGAAGAGAAGACACUGAAAUUAGAAUCAGACAAAUUUGCACUUUGUCAAAAGUUGCCAGAAAUUGAGAAAAGAAAAGAGGUCAGGGAAGAGACAGAGGAGGAGGAGAGGAGGAGGAGAGUUUAUGAAUAUACUUCUGGUGAAGAUGAUGAUUACGUUCGGCCAGACGGUACACGGAGGAGGACUCGAGAAGAGUGGGCUUUAUACUACAAACAAAUUAAGGAGAGCGAGGGAUUUGAUGUUGAUCCAUUUCCGGGCACGUUUGAAUUUGGUCUUACGGCGCUAACAAAUUUCGAAGAGGAAGGUCUCAUCAAAUGUGCAAAACAAGCAAUCGAGCACUUUAACAAGGAAAAUAAUACCAGCUAUGAGUUUGUGAAGAUAGAGAAGACAACUUGCAUCGUUGCAGCAGGAUAUUGGUAUAAUAUCACUUUUCUAGCCAAUAAUUAUAAGGUUGAUGAUGUUGAAGCUAGAACUCAAACUUUUCAAGCUAAAGUCUGGUAUGGACUACGCGGUGAUAUUAGUGUUUCCCUUUGCCGGCUUAAACCAGCUCCAAGUUAGUCAAAGUUAUAUUUUUAUUUAUUUAUUACUAUUUUGAUUUAGAAGCGGGUGUAUUUAGUUCUUGUCUAAGUACAUAAUAUUU